CUCUCUGAACAAGUUGUGCAGCAAAAUCAAUGGGAAGGCCAGAACCAGAAGCUUCAAUUCGACAUUUCAGCCAUCCACAUCCAUUGUUCUACUCAUCUCACAAUCCACAAGACAACUCUUCUUCUUCUUGCGUGGCUUGCAAGCUAAAACUCAUGACCCUUCCUUCAUACACUUGUAAACCAUGCAACUUCCACAUCCACCUAAAAUGUUCCAAACUACCUCAAAAAAUCAGACACCCUUUCGACAAAAACCAUCUCCUGUCUCUAAUCUCUUCUCCCAAAUACCAAGAAGGGAAGUUCCGCUGUGACGCAUGCGGAGAAAACGGUGACGGAUUUUCUUACCACUGCGGAGACUGUGGAAUAGAUCUUCACACGGUUUGUGCCAACAUGCCUACUCGUGUCACACACCAGUUUCACCCUCAUCACCAGCUUUCUUUAACGUUUUCCUUGAUGUCUCCGGGCGGGUACGGAUCCGGAUCAAGAUCAAGAUCCGCUGCGGUGGCUAGCUUCCGCUGCAGUGUAUGCCAAAAACCCGGGUCUAACUCGUGGCUCUAUAGCUGCAAAGAAUGUGGUGGAUUUGAUGCUCAUUUGUUGUGUGCUAAAAGGAAACCAGCCAAUCCAACCGCAGUUCCUAGUCCAGUUAUUAAUAAUCCUUAUCCUCCGGUGAUGCCAACACUGAGUCCUAUCAUUAGACCUAUGAUUAAUGAGAUGAUUAAUAACCUUGUAACCAAUACGCCCCAAAGUCCAAGCCAAGUUUCUCAGCUUCUUGAUUUGCUCGGACCAUCUGGACUGGGAGGUGAAUUCGGUUCUUCUUCAUCUUCCGGUUAUCUAGGGUUUGACCCAGCUGUUAACCAACCAUUUGGACUGGGAGGUGGAUUCGGUUCUUCUUCAUCUUCCGGUUAUCUAGGAUUUGACCCGUCGCCUUUCUCAGCUGUUAACCAACCAUUUGGACUAGGAGGUGGAUUCGGUUCUUCUUCAUCUUCCGGUUAUCCAGGAUUUGACCCGUCAGUUUUCUCAGCUGUUAACCAGCCAUUUGGACUGGGAGGUGGAUUCGGUUCAUCUUUAUCUUCCGGUUAUCUAGGGUUUGACCCGUCGGUUUUAUCAUCUGUUGACCAACCAUUUAGACUGGGAGGUGGAUCCAAUUCUUCUUUAUCUUCCGGUUAUCUAGGGUUUGACCCGUCGGUUUUCCCAUCUGUUGACCCUUCAGUGUUUGCUGGAUUCGAUCCUUCCUUGCUUUCAACGUUGUUCUCAGGACUUGGUUUCUUAUAAAGAUUAUGAGUAUGCAGAUUAUCUUUGGAUUUUAUUUUGUCAUUUUGUGUUUAUUACAAUUACUUACUCAAUGUUCUAUCUGAUUACUAUGUUUAAGGGACUUAUAGUAUGUAUUUGAACACUUAAAGCCAAAAAUGGUAGUGUAUUUGAUCUUUUAACCCAAA